AGAGGGGUAAAUUAUAAAUAAAAAUAAAUAAAUAAAUGAAAAAAUAAAUAAAAAAGGAUGCUGCUCCCAGCCUGGGGUGGCGUCUGUUCACCCCCAACACGAAAGGCCACGAGGUGGGCGACGCCUCUGGAAGGAUUUGGAGAAGGACAGAGGGGCUGCAUCGCAGUGCUUCAACAAACAAAGCCCCGAUGCUCCAUCCCCGCACAUUUGGGACACCUCAGAUCCCAUUCCCAAGCCCUCCUGCUGCAGACAGGCCCCCAGAACCCGUGCAGAGCCCAGGAGGAACGGCUGAAGCCCGUGCAGAAGGAAUUUGUGUGGCUUUUCCCACCCCCCAGCCAGGGAAGAGCCGGAUCCGCGUCCCGUGACGCCGUCCAGAUGUGACAAACAGCCCCGUGCCAGCUCCGCUCCUCCAAACACUCCAUGCAGUCAUUGUGGGUGGGAACACGACAAACAGGUGGUGCAAGCAGUGAUUUAUGACUCAUUAUUAUUAAUGUUUGAGGGCUCGAUCCAAAAGCCAAAUCCAAAACCUCCUCCAGCUGAAGGCACCACCAGAGGGACUUGGCAGGGACAGAGGGGACAGAGGGAAAGUCGAGCUCAUCUUGACCCCCAGCCGUCCUCCCUCUCUCCCCUGGCAGGGCAGGGAGGGUGUUAAUCCCCAUCACUCACUUGCAAGCACAAAAAUAAGUUAAUUACUGAUGGCCAGUGAGAAACCCUGGCUGCCAGGACAACAGAUCCUCCAGAGGGACAGUGGCACAGGGAGUCCUGUCCCCUGCAGAGGAGCCCAGCUGGGCUGACAGGGCUUGGGGGCUCUCUGAGAAACCCUGGAACUGCAGGAAUGCCUCAUCCCCUGCUCCAUGAGCAAUCCUCUGCCAUUUACCCAGGGUGGAGGCUGCCUCCUCCAGCUGCUUCUCACACCCAGGUGCUCCAAAGUUCAAGCUCCCACCCUGCCCUGAACUUCCCAGGAGCCUGGCAAGGCCGAGGUGCCCCAUCCACCCUGGGAUUCGCUCCCUGCAGGGCUGGGCUCGCCCCGGGGCUCUCUGCCCCCAGCCCCACCCAGGAAUGAGCCAGGGGAGCCUCCUCACCAUUCCCAGCUCCAGCCCAGGCACCUCUCCAUCCGUCCCCAAACUCCCCCAAAUCCCCUGCAAAGAGGUUAAAGAGCAGAUGAGACCCAGAUUAACUGGGGCUGAGAUCUCUGCAGCCACAGGGAUCCCUUUCCCACAGCAUUUCCAGGGGAAUCAGAUCCCCUUUGGAAGUGGAAAACAGCCCCCAGGAGAGGCAGGACCCGAUCCAUGGCAGCAGCUAUUAACCGGUCACGGGCCAAGCCUUGGCACUUCAGCUCAUUAAUUAAUAACUCUGGUGUCAUGGGCCAUUUAUUAGCUGAAAAUAUUAAUAACUCUGAAAGGUCUUGAGACAUCCGGCCAUUAAUGGAGUCCCUGCUGCUCCAUCCUGCUCCUGAGUCCCUGCAGUGCUGGAGAGCCAGGAAAUCUUCCAGGUGUUUGCUCCCUGAUCCUGGACCAGGGUCAGCCCUGGAGGGAGAUUCCCAGGAGAGAAAACAAGUCAGCAGCCCAGAUGUCACAGCACCGAGGCGUGUCCAGGGGGGUGAGGAGGAUGUUUGGGGCCACAAGCCAAGCCGGGUGCCCAGAGGGAAUUUCCAUCUCCCUCUCCCCUUGCGCAACAGCCCCGGCUGCUCAAGGUCCCUUCCUCGCCUCUGAAAGGCACCAGCCCUCGGGGAGGAUCAUUUAAGAGGCAAUAAACCCAGCAAUAAAAAUAACCCUCAUCUCCAGGCCUGGUUCUGCCCCAGCGUGGAGCCCCUGGGAGCGGGAGCUGCCGGAUCCUGCCCAGGAAAAUUUGCACCUUUCAGAGCACUCGGGGCAGGAAAAUCUCACCCGGGUGUUAAAGCAGCUCCCAGCUCUGGCUGGGCUGGAAGGGCCCUGCUGUUCUCUGGGAAAUGCUGACAUUUGGAAAACGAGGAGAUUCUGCGCUGCAAGGAGGGAUCUGCGUUUUGACAUUUCAUUGAAGUGGAGGUUUCAUUUGGAAGCGUUCCCUCCUCAAGGUUGUUUGGAUGCCUCGCCGUCCCCGUUCCUGCUGCAGAUGGUCAUUACAGCACUCGAAAAUGAGCUUUAAAAACCCUCAGGAAGGCACAGCACCUCAAAUCCUCCGUCUGAGCGCUGCAAACAACUCACCCAACCCCACUUUUCCCCCAGGAAUUGUGGUGUUUCGAGGCAAACACUCUUCUUUUGUGACAGGAAAUGUGUGCACGGAAGGGCUCCCACUCCCAGUCCUGGCUGGGAUGGAUUUGGUCCCACAGCCCCCACCCCACCACAGCCUCCUGCUCUGGCUGCCCCAGCCCUGGAGGGUUUGGGCUGAAUCACAAACUCUGUUUUUCCCCUCAGAGCAGCAUCCAAGGUCAGCCAAGGUCAGUGAAAGCUCAGGCGGCACAAGCCCGGGCUCUGCUGGAAUCCGGCUGAAUUUGCUGGGGAUUCAGGGUGAGCUCCUCUCCCUUCCCAUGGGAAGGUCAGACCCAGCCCCCUCCUGAACCUCGAGCAUUAAUGAUGGGAUAAAGAGGAGGAUGAACAGAACCCAUCCCAAUUCUGGCUCCAUCCCCAGGGACAGCCAAACAGGAGGGAUGACCAGGGAUCGUCCUGACAGCCCAGCCCUCUGAAGAGGAGCAUCAGCUCUUGGCACAGCUCCAGGAGCUCCACAAGGUCCAGGCCCCACCUCAGAAGUGUAAAAACACUUUUCCAGCAGGCUCCAGCUCCAUGGAGUGCAAACCCAGAGCCCAAACCCCCAGGGGUAAAGGAGUAUUCCAGGAGUGACUGGAAACAGCCCAAUUUUCUCCCUGUGGAUCCAACAGCUGGCAGCCUUUAAAUCGCUUCUCUAAUCAGAUGUAAAUCCUAAGCAGCCCCCCAAGGAUUAGAGGCAGACAUUUGGAAAUCCCACAGGCUCCUGGGAUGUGCAGAGGGGCGGGAGAGCCACGGGUGCCACCCCUGGAGGCCACCACUGGCCACAGCCACAGUGGGGACCCCAUUCUGCACCCCUUGGUCCUCCUGAGCUGCCUGGGGCUGGACCCAACUCCAUCCUAAAAUCCUGCAGGGAUUCUGGCAGCCCCAGGCACUUCCCUGGAUGCUGCAGAAGACCAAAUUCUUGUGAUGAAUUCAAUAUUCAGAGGUGGAUUUUGGUCAGGGAAAGGGAAGAGGAAGGGUUUGUUCCAGGGCCAAGCAUUGCCCCCACUCCAGCUACACAGCAGAGAUGGUUGGGUCCCAAAAAGGAUGAGCAGGGUGCCCACAGCAGAAAAUCAGCUCUCACUGACCCCACUCAGCAUCACCAGAGAGGCUGAGGAACAUUUCCAGCAUUGCUGAAGGGUGACAGGUCUCAUUGCUGACCUCCCUGGCAGCAGCGAGGCCGGAGCAGCCGUGGGGAAGCAGGAAUGUCCCAUUAACCCAUUCCCCAGCCAGGAUUUCCCCAAAAAUCUCCUUUUCUCCUGUCACCUCGCAGCCCCCACAGCUCCCUCCUGCUCUUCCAGGAGGAACAGACAGACCCAGCUCCCCCAGGGCUGCGGGGAUGACACCAAACCCCGUUUCCCGAAGGAGCCUCGGGCACCACUGCUGGGGGAUCAGAUUAAAGUUCAGGGUGACGGCCGGGGUGGUUUGGAGUUUUCCAAGAACAUUAUUUAUACUGCGGAAAAGCGCCCUGCAGCCAUCCAUCACGGGUUGGCAGCUGCCUGGCGGUGUGAGGGCAGCUGGGGCAGCCCCACAAGAGGGGCACAGCGCCUGGCAUCAUCCCCAGCCCCACGGAGAGAGCCCAGCUCCGGGAUGGGAGCGCCCGGAGCUCGCUUUGCAAAGCGCAUCGCCGCCCCCGUGCCUCAGUUUCCCCACUUACAGCAGGGAUGGGUCGCUGGGCAGCGAGGAGAGGAAGAGGAGGAGGAGGAGGAGCCCGGGCCCUCAUCCAUGAGCAAAGCAUGGCAUGAAGGACAAGCGGCUGCAUCCUGCCACCAAGCCAGGCUGGCCCUCUCCUCCGGGAAGGGCACGGGCAGCAGCAACGUCCCCGCCGGCCCAUGAAGUGACCCAGGCGGGUGGCACAGCCCCUGCUCCUGCCGUAGCCACCACUGCCACACCUGGCACUGAGGUCUGCUGGCCAUGGGCAACCUGAUAAAGGUAUUGGGCAAAGAUUUAGAAAACUGUCCUCAUUUUUUCCUGGAUUUUGAAAGUUUCACAUGGGGAACCUUCUAAAAGUGUUGACUUAUAACGAACUUGACCAAGGCCCUAAUUUUUUCCUUGACUUUGAAAAUGCGCAGCCGACGGAGGCCGAGACUGCGGUGUGGAACCAGGUGAACGCCGUGCUGGAGGAGGCACAGACCGUCCUGGCCGAGCUGCAGUCCUACACGGGCGCCGGGCAGGAGAUCCGAGAGGCCAUCCAAAACCCCGGGGACCUGCGGCUGCAGGAGCGCGCCUGGAGCGCCGUGUGUCCCCUGGUCGCCAAGCUGAAACGCUUCUACGAGUUCUCCCUGCGGCUGGAGAACGCCCUGCGGAGCCUGCUGGAGGCCCUCACCAGCCCCCCGUACGCCCCGACCCAGCACCUGGAGCGGGAGCAAGCCCUGGCCAAGCAGUUCGCCGAGAUCCUGCACUUCACCCUCAGCUUCGACGAGCUCAAGAUGACCAACCCCGCCAUCCAGAACGACUUCAGCUACUACAGACGGACCAUCAGCCGGAAUCGCAUCAACAACCUGCAGCUGGAUGCAGAGAGCGAGGUGAACAACGAGAUGGCCAACAGGAUGUCCCUCUUCUACGCCGAGGCCACCCCCAUGCUGAAAACACUCAGCAAUGCCACCACCAAGUUCGUUUCAGAGAACAAGACCCUCCCGAUCGAGGACACCACCGACUGCCUGAGCACCAUGGCCUGUGUGUGCAGGGUGAUGCUGGAGACCCCGGAGUACCGGAGCCGCUUCACCAACACCGAGACCCUGCUCUUCUGCAUGAGGGUGAUGGUCGGCGUCAUCAUCCUCUACGACCACGUCCACCCCGUGGGGGCCUUCGCCAAGACCUCCAAGAUUGAUAUGAAAGGCUGCAUUAAAGUCUUGAAAGACCAACCCUCAACCAGCACCGAGGGGCUGCUGAACGCUCUGAGGUACACCACUCGGCACCUCAACGAUGACACCACGUCCAAACAGAUCCGGGCCCUGCUGCAGUGAGAGCGGGGCGGCCACCGGAGCCGCACGUCACCGUGUCACCGACGCCCAUGACCAUACAGCUCAUUUUGUACAGAGGGAAAAGGGACAACGAGGAAAACACAGAAAUACUAAAAUGGAAACGGCCCCGGGCCGCCCUCCCCCGCCACGGGCUCCUGCCCCCACCUUCCCACCCCCAAAUCAGCACCCGCUCCUGGACACGAGGUGCGGGUGGCACCGUGGGGACACGAGGUGCGGGUGGCACCGUGGGGACACGAGGUGCGGGUGGCACCGUGGGGACACCGCGCCGGGGGGGCCGGGGCCGGGCAGGAGAGAGCCCGGCAAGGGAAGCGCUGGUGGGGCUGGCAGCAGGGUGCCCACCGUGGGGAGGGGGCAGGUGGUGCCCCCUGUCCCCAUCCUGGUCCCCAAGAGGAGGAGGAGGAGGAGGGAGAGGAUGAGGAGGAGAAGGAAGAAGUAUCCCUGUGGAUCUGCACUGACUCUGGAGGAAACGGCUCAGUCUCACCUGGUAGAUUUUUAAUAUGAGCAAUUAAA